GUGGGGUGCUGGUGCAUGGGUGACGUGGCUGUUACUGACCCCUGAGUGAUUCUCCUUACUCCCCAAGUGGCUUGAUUAGGAACUGAGGCCAGGUGGGAUCGGGGAGCUGCAUGGGACUCGCCCAAGAGUAAGCCUGUCCUGCCCCAGGGGCUCACUCACUGGUGGGAGACGGGACGCUUGGAGGGCAGGCACGGCUCCUAGAGGAAGGACCCAUGUAACCCAUCCAGGACCCAGUGCGUGGGGACCGCAUACUGGGAGAGCGUGGAGGGAGUCUGGCAGGGCUGAGGAGCUCUCUGUGCUGGGCCCUGCAGGCAGGCUCCUGGGCCCGCGGUCACCCCGUGUGCCUGGGUCCGCCCCAGGUCCCCCCAGGCCCAGCGCUGCUCCGGCCUGCCCUCCUCCUACCCAUCAACCUCUGACCCCUGCCGCCAGCCUUCAGGGCCCUCUGGGAGCUGAAUGCCCACCCAAGGCCCCGCUCCCGCCACCUCACGGCAUUGUGCGCCGCCGGCCGGAAGUCUUCUGACCUUGUCCUGCCACAGCGACACCCCCCAGCUCCCGGCCCCCCAUCCACUGUUUCUCUGCUUUCCUGUUUUUCAUUUUGAACAAAUGUGACGGAAGCAGAUGUGGUGGCAGGGACAAGGAGGGCUGAGGCCCAAGCCUUCCUGUUCUUCCCUGGUCCUUGCUGCCCCUCAGCGGCCCCUGGAGCUCCCCGGGGCCCUCCUGCCGCAACCCCUCCCAGGGCGGGAGCCAGGGAAUCGGGAGGGCCGGCUCCCGGGCCUCCGGGUCAAGUACGUCUUCCUGGUGUGGCUGGGCAUCUUUGUGGGCAGCUGGCUGGUGUAUGUGCACUACUCGACCUACGCGGAGCUCUGCCGCGGGCACGUCUGCCAGGUGGUUAUCUGUGACCAGUACCGCAAGGGCAUCAUCUCUGGCUCCAUCUGCCAGGACUUGUGCAACUUGCACAAGGUGGAGUGGAGGGCCUGUCUCUCCUCUGUUCCUGGCCGGCAGGUAUACAGCGGGCUGUGGCAGGGCAAGGAGGUGACCAUCAAGUGUGGCAUCGACGAGGGCCUCAACUCCAAGGCCAGGUCGGACGCGGCCCCCCGGCAGGAGCUGGUACUGUUUGACAAGCCCACACGGGGCACCUCGAUUAAGGAGUUCCGAGAGAUGACCCUCAGUUUUCUCAAGGCGAACCUGGGGGACCUGCCGUCCCUGCCGGCGCUGGUCGGGCGGGUCCUGCUCAUGGCGGACUUCAACAAGGACAGCAGGGUGUCCCUGGCGGAGGCCAAGUCGGUGUGGGCCCUGCUGCAGCGGAACGAGUUUCUGCUGCUGCUGUCCCUGCAGGAGGACCACGCCUCCAGGCUGCUGGGCUCCUGUGGGGACCUCUACGUCACCGAGGGCGUCCCACACGGCUCCUGGCAUGGGGCCGCUCUCCCGCCCCUCCUGCGCCCGCUGCUGCCCUCCGCCCUGCACACGGCCCUCCAGCAGUGGCUGGGGCCCGCGUGGCCCUGGAGGGCCAAGAUCGCCAUCGGGCUCCUGGAGUUCGUGGAGGAGCUUUUCCACGGGGCCUACGGGACCUUCUACAUGUGCGAGACCACGCUGGCCAACGUGGGCUACACGGCCAAGUACGACUUCAAGAUGGCCGACCUGCAGCAGGUGGCGCCCGAGGCCGCCGUGCGCCGCUUCCUGCGGGGCCGCCACUGCGAGCACAGCGCGGACUGCACGUACGGCCGGGACUGCAGGGCCCCUUGCGACAAGCUCAUGCGCCAGUGCAAGGGCGACCUCAUCCAGCCCAACCUGGCCAAGGUGUGCGAGCUGCUGCGGGACUACCUGCUGCCCGGCGCCCCCGCCGACCUGCGCGAGGAGCUGGGCAAGCAGCUGCGCACCUGCACCACGCUGAGCGGGCUGGCCAGCCAGGUGGAGGCGCACCACUCCCUGGUGCUGAGCCACCUCAAGACCCUGCUCUGGAAGGAGAUCUCCAACACCAAGUACUCCUGAUGGCGCCCCCCUCCCGCCCUCCCGCCCUCCCGGGGGCGCCC